GUGAAACUAAAUGCAGCUUUUCUUCAUUGCAGAAUUUGAAUCCAACACUCGAAGGAAGAUCAAACUUCAUUUUGGAAUAUAAUUUCCUAUUGAUGAAGCUGGCAACUAUAGUUUAAGCAAGAUGAAGAGUAAACAGGAUUUUCAUAAUACACCUGAAACACAAUCAUCAACUCAAAUGUCACACGAGUCCCAUGGUGAUCUGCUGAAUAAUCCAACAGAAGCUCCAGUAGUAGACUCAUGCUCUGUUUCUGUUUCAAGCAGCGAGAACAGAAAGGUUUCACGUGAAGAUAUAGAACUUGUCCAGAAUUUGAUAGAGCGGUGUUUACAGUUGUACAUGAACAGAGAUGAGGUGGUAAAAACUCUCUUGAGUAGGGCUAGGAUAGAUCCUGGUUUUACAACUUUGGUGUGGCAAAAACUGGAAGAAGAAAAUGCUGAAUUUUUCAGGGCAUACUACAUAAGAUUAAAAUUGAAGAAACAGAUUAUCAUGUUCAAUCAUCUGCUCCAGCACCAGUAUCAUAUGAUGAAAUAUCCAAUGCCUCCAAAGGUUCCUCUGGCCCCCAUUCAAAAUGGAAUCCAUCCAAUGCCAGUUAACAAUUUACCCAUGGGAUACCCUGUUCUACAUCAACCACCAGUUCCAGUACCUGGGCAACCUCAUCUUGACUCUAUGGGCAGUGGAUUAUCCAGUUGUCAUGUGGUAAAUGGAGUUCCUGCACCAUGCAACUUCCAUCCAAUUCGAAUGAAUUCUAUGAAUGAUACUAUGGCGAUGGAUUGCAAUGCACAAGAUGUAACAAAUGCUAUUAUACCAAGCAGUGCAAUGUCAGAAAUGCCCUUGAGUCCUACUUCAGUAACAUCCAGUGGUCAUUUUCCAUUCACUGCAUCUGAUAUGUCAGGAAUAGGGGUGGAUACGUCUGUUCUUGAUACUGCAUUUACUUCUGAUGUGGCUAGUUCAGUAGGAUUGCAGCUCCAUCCUGAUAAUGGGGCCGGAAAUUCUAGAGAAUCGCUCAGAUCAUUGGCUCAGAUGCCAUGGAACUUCAGCCUGUCUGAUCUAACAGCUGAUCUAUCGAACUUGGGAGAUUUAGGAGCUUUGGGAAAUUAUCCUGGUUCUCCUUUUCUACCUUCUGAUUCAGAUAUUUUACUAGAUUCUCCAGAGCAAGAUGAUAUAGAUAUUUUACUAGAUUCUCCAGAGCAAGAUGGUAUAGUGGAGGAGUUCUUUGUGGACUCAAUCCCAGGUAACCAGUCAGACGAAGAGAGGCUUUAGGAGUAGUUUGGUAUGUUUGAUUUUGCUAAUAAAAGUGUCUUUUUAUAAUAAGAUAUAUUAUUAUAUUACUGAGGCCAAUUCCCCAUACCAGAAUGUUGUUUAUGUCUCAUGCAUGUUUGUAGAAUAACAGCGGAUGGUAGGUUUUUUGUUGGGACUUUGCAGGAUUCGAUUAUAUUAUAUAGAGUAGUAGUUCAUUAUUAGUU